UGGGCGCGCGUGCUCUCGGCUGCACUGUGGCGGAAUCACGGCAUCAUGAAGCGGCUGACUCUCUGUGCGCUUGCUGUCACUUUAAUCGCCGCGGUGUUCGCCGCAAAAUCACCGUAUCAGUCUGUUCUUCAGCACAGCAGGAUAAGAGGAAGACAGCAUGGCCCCAACGUCUGCGCUAUGCAGAAGAUCCAAGGAACCGAUAAGAAGUACUUCACUAACUGCAAGCAGUGGUAUCGCCGCAAAAUAUGCGGCAAACCAACUGUGGUCACCUAUGAAUGUUGCCCCGGUUAUGAAAAGGUGCUGGGAGAGAAGGGCUGUCCUGCAGCUAUUCCUUUGGAGAAUAUCUACAAUACCCUGGGGGUGGUUGGAGCCACUACUACUAAGAUGUACUCUGACAGAGCUAAACUGAAAGAGGAAAUUGAGGGACCUGGCAGUUACACAUUCUUUGCCCCAAGUAACGAAGCCUGGGCUGCUCUUCCAGUUGAAAUUCUGGAUGCCUUGGUGAGCAAUGUCAACAUUGAGCUCCUCAAUGCAUUGCACUACCACAUGAUUAACAAACGCUUGUCUUCAGAUGACCUCAAGCAUGGGUCCUCCUUUGCCUCAAUGUACCAGGAUUUUGAUGUUCAUAUCCAGCAUUAUUCCAAUGGCAUUGUGACUGUAAACUGUGCAAGGCUGGUGAAGACGGACCAGCACGCCACUAAUGGAAUAGUGCACGUCGUCGACAGAGUUAUCACAGCCAUCACCAACAAUGUCCAGUCUUUUCUCGACACUGAGGAUGAUCUGACAACACUGCAAAAAGCUGUCGAUGAUGCUGGUCUUACCUCACUGUUGGAGAAUCAGGGUUCAUAUACACUAUUUGCUCCAACCAAUGAAGCAUUUGAGAAGAUUCCAGAAGAAAUGCUGAACAGAAUCUUGAAUGAUCCCGUUGCUCUUAAAGAUUUGCUGAAUUACCACAUCCUGAAGACCAUGCACUGCUCCGAGUCCAUUGUGGCAGGGACUCCAUUGGAGACACUUCAGGGCACAGUGCUGGAGGUGGGCUGUGAAGGAGAUGAGAUGACCCUCAAUGGCAAAGCCAUUGUUACAACCAGAGACCAGCUGGGCAUCAAUGGAGUUGUCCAUUACAUUAAUGAGCUUCUCAUCCCUGACUCAGUUAAGACCCUGAAGGAACUUGCUGAAGGUGUUCCACAAGUUUCCAUGGCUACUAAGCUUUUCACAGAUGCUGGUCUAAAUCCUCAGCUUUCAGGCUCAGAACCAUUUACACUGAUAGCACCUCAAAAUGAUGCUGUCAAAGGUAGUCUUACUAUGACACCUGAGAGGAGAAAACUGAUGAGGAACCAUGUUCUGAAGGGAAAACUCUCCUCCAAGAGUCUGUACCAUGGACAGGAGCUGGAAACCAUUGAAGGAACUAAACUUAGAGUGUUUGUGUAUAGAAAUAACCUCUGCAUCGAAAAUGCCUGUAUUGCUGCCCACGACAAAAAUGGGCGCCACGGCACUAUGUUCAUGGUGGAUAAGAUUCUGGCUCCCCCCAUGGGCACUGUUAUGGAUGUUCUAAAGGCAGACAACCGUUUCAGCACCUUGGUUGGCAACAUACAGAGGGUGGGCAUGACUGAGCUGCUGAACAAGAAAGGAACCUACACCAUCUUUGCCCCCACCAACGAUGCUUUCCGUGCCAUGCCCACAGAUGAUCUCAACAAAAUUACAAGAGAUCCCAGAGAGCUCAUCAACCUUAUGAAGUACCACAUAGGUGAGGAGUUUCUUGUUAGUGGUGGAGUGACCUCUCAUACCAGAAUGAAGCCCAUGUCAGGAGAGAAGCUCGAGCUAGGCAUGAGGAACUCCACUAUGUACGUCAACAGGGUGCAGGUUGUUGAUGCUGACAUGAUGGCUACUAAUGGAGUCGUACAUGCUAUUAAUUCAGUCAUAAAGCCACUGCCUCCUAAAGCUGUGAGUGACCAGGCAGUGGAUCCUUCAGCAAAGCGUACCACUUCAGUGAGGGCUGGCGCACAAGUUCUAAAAAAGGAUGAUCUUUUCCAGAAGGUUUUGAACAGUCGCUCCAGCAGAACAAUGACCCGAGUCCAGUAAGCUCAGUGGUUUCAUGAAAAACUGAAGUUAAUCCCAACUUCCACUGCUCUUAGAAGACUGAUAUGCACAAUGAGCAAUCUUUCUGUAAGCAGUGAAGAGGUAAUUAACUGAUUUACAGCAAAACCACCUUCAACAAACCAGGGAGAAAGGAUGGGUUAAAAGUGUAAGCAUUUCAGUAUUUUGUGUGAAUGCCAAAGACUGUGUUGAUGGUAAUUAGUUAUAUAUUUGUUUAAUUGACUUGUAUCUCAAUUUAAGUCUGAUUUAGUGCUCUAGAGCCAAUUUUGAGAAAUGCUAACUGUUUUAUUUGUUUUCUACUUUUGUUUUUUUGUUUUCUUUUAUAUACAUGUAGCAUGUUUGCAUGGUUUAAGUUGGAACAAAAAUUGCUAUUCGGGCACAAGUAGUGCAGAUCAGGUUUACUUUUCUUUGUGGUGCAGAAGAUGUUUCUAUGCAAAACAGACACAGUUCGUUUAGAAUUUACUGUAUACAUGUGUUUGGCAAAAAUGUCAUUUCUGAGCACCCACUCAGCAGACUCCUCAGCCAAGAUCUUACAGACAAAACGCCUCUAUUACUCCAAGCUAGCCACAGUGGGGAAAAAUAAACAUAUAAAUACUUUUUUUUUCCUCAUUAAAAUCUUUGUAGGCUGUCAUGUCAUUAAAAAAAAAAAAACAAACAAACAAACAAACAAACAAAAAAAAACAAGGUUUUCUAGUUUGCACAUACUGAGAAAUUCAGAUAUUUCCAAGAGGCUGGGAUAAGCAAUCCUACACCUCAGUGACAUCUUUGUAGUGAGUAUUUUGUCUGCUUAAUCUUGGUAGAGCUGUUUAAUGUGUGGAUGAACAAAGUCUUUCUAGUGAAGUCAUCUGUCAAAUUUAAUAGGAAUAGAUACCGCGCACUGUACUGUAGAAAUAUUGUGUGGAACCAAAGAACAAUAUUUACACAUUUCACAAUAAAAUGACCAUUUUUAACCGGA